AUCAAAAGUAUUGAUAGUGUCAUAAUUUUUAUUGCACGUGACUGGCGAAAAAUUCUUUUAAUAGUGUUGAAACCUGUUGAUAAUAACGUUGAUAGAAACAUAUCAGAAAUGUUAUUUUUAAGACAAAAGCUGCAAAAUCAAAGAUUUAUAUACACGUGUACGUCUAUAGUUUACCUGCAAAAAAUAUACCUCUUAGAGAAUAGACUUUAUGAUCGGGAGGAAACGGGUAUCUUCAACAACAACAAAUGCAUGAUAGGUACAUACCAUGACAAUGCUCACGAAAAAGCAAAAAAAUUACUACUACUAAAGUUGUUAAAGAUCUUAUAGUAAUUUUUUUCUUCAGUCAAGCAAAUGACACCAAACUAGUCAGUAAAAACUUAAAAGUGAUUUUGUUUAUUGAAAUAUUACGAACAACAUGAGUAGCCGCUUUCUCAACUGUUGUAGGCCGUUUGAUGGAAAAAAGUGUUCAAAAGAGUUACGAAAUCUCACCGAAAGCACCAUAGAUAAACUGAAAGCGACUGGUUAUGCUCCAAUGUCCACAUUGAAUACAAAUUUACGCAUUUGCACGUCCUGCCGUCUAAACGUUGACAAAAGAGCAAUCUGUAUAUCAUCGGUUGAGCAGAGCGCAGGAAGUUCGAAAACGACAGCAACUGAGGAAUUGCCAGAUGUAUCGACAACAACUGAGGAAUUACCAGAAGUAUUAAGUGCUGAGAGCCUUGCCACCGUACCAUCAGCGAAAUCUGUUUCAACAAAUCAAUCGGAAGAUGAGUGUAUCCAAAAGGUCAACAUCGAACGCUUUAACGAGGGCAUAGCUGGGAUAAAAGUGACUCCGAUUAAAUGGAGUAAGAUGGACUACGUUUAUUACCCGGAGAAAAAAUACUGUGAAAUAAACGAAGCUGUACGAAGAAACCUCUUCAAAUUAGGACCUGAUGAUGUGGAAAAUACAGACUACGAUGAGAUUUGAAUCGUGAGUUUAUUUUUUGUGAAGUUUUUCAACCAUGGUCCAUGUUUUUCCGUGAGGUCAACAGUAUUUAUGUACCUUUUUCGAAGGGAAAGAAGCAUAGCCGCAGUUUAACAUACAGAAGGAUUAUAAUACAUUUGAAAAAGCUAGUGGAUUCAACGGAUUUUCAGCGAAUUUAUUUAAUUUUGUCGGAUUACACAACACAUGGAAGUAUUUUGAAAAGGACAACCUAUCUCUCUAGAUCAGUUUGCCGAGGAUUUGCUACGUUAUACUCCUAAUGGACAGGAUAUACAUUCAGCGGAGGAUGAGCCGAAGUUUUUAAUUAGGUUCACAUUUUUGAUCAACACAGAGUUUGUGUUCUACAGAUUUCAGAUCAGUGUGUUUAUUAAUUGCUUUCCGGUACUGUUUUAACGAUGCUGAAGUGUUUACAGCAGUCUCAUUUUGCUGUGUUCGAAAUAUAAUUAUGCUCUUCAAUUAAGUUCUAAUUUUAAGUAUGAUGUAUUGUAAAACUAAAAGGGGGAGUACUGUGGUGACCACCCUAUCGACAGCUACUGGCUGCUGGUCCAGUCAGGCCAAUAGGAAGAAUAAAGUUUUA